AUGGCUAAUUUGACGAGCUGUACUGCAAGUAGUGGAGAUAUGCUUUUUAAUUUAUACAAUGAACAUAGGAUUACAAAUGAUAUGGCUAAUGGAGAUCAGUACUCUUGUCAUCGCCAUUUCGAUGCUAUCUGUUAUGAUGACCAAUAUUAUAAACCGUCAAUUGAAACAAAUCUUGUAAAUAAGGGCAACAAUAGUAGGCGAGGAGGUAAACUAAAACCACGCCAUGUACCAGACUUCGUUUUAGUAUCUUCAGAGGAUGUUGAUAAUAUAUUAUCAGCAGUCAGUACAACUGAAGAGAAGGCAGAAAUUAUGAAUAAUUUUGAGUUGGGGACAAUUGUCUUGCGUAGGCUUUGCAUUAGUGAGAGUAGCGAAAUCAAAGCAUUUAUGGAUUCUAUACAGAUGAGAACAACAGGUAAAGCAUUAGAAAGCCAUGAGAGGAAUAUUAUCUGCUUGACAUUUCGUGGUCAGCCCAAAAGGUGGGUAUUUUGCCCUUGUAGGAGUUGCUUAUUUAAAGGAAAAGCUCAUGACAAAUUAAUGGGCCAUUUUAAAGUAAUGGAACAAGAUAGUCAGAAUUGCCAAUUUCAUAUCUCUAAAAAUGUACUCGAAUCUUAUGGAGUAUUUAUGGCUUCUUGUGGUUACUUUGCAGCUACAUUCUGCCCUCAGCAAAAUUAUUCAUCGCAUAAAGUAUUUAUUGGUCCCACAGCUGCAGAUCUUAAAGGUAGAAUACUAGAUAGAUACAUAUUGUAUGUUAAUGAAGCAAAAGUUAUACAAAUGGCUUGGCGUAUAAAGCAAAACUAUAGUAGUGAUUGUGAAGAGUUACUCAAUAGAACUAUGUCUAAAUUACUAAUUUACAAUAAAAAUAAUAGCCAAACUCCAAUUUAUAAUCAAUUAAACAAGAAUUAUAGUAGCUUAUUGUCAUUACCAUUAAGAUUAAGACUACAAAGUGAUGGGAGUGAGAAAGAAGCAAGUCAAGCAAUUCCAUCUACUCAGAUAGAUGUAUUGUCAUUUCAAAAAAAAAAUAAGAGGAAAUUAAUAAAACAAAGUGAGGAUUGGGAUAACUCUAAUUAUUCGAAUAUACAAGAAGUUUCAUCUAUAUAUCAGAAUAAAGGAUUUUCAUCCAGCUUGUCCUCUUCAACAUCUUGUGCAAUAAACUCUCCAAGCAUAUUGAAAUCUAGUAGUCAAUUUCAGAAUCUAAGUAUUGAUAGUAAUCCACUAACCCCUAGAUGCAGGAAAAAUUAUACUUCUUUAUCAGAUAAUAUUCAUGAUAUUGAUGUAAAUGGAUGUAUUACUAAAAAUCGAAGUAACUGCAUAUUUGGUGAUAUUUCUACAGCUGCAGCAACUCCAAUAAUAGAUAAUCAUAUAUGCUCUGCAAAUAAACAAGCCAAUGUUAACAUGUUGGAUUAUAUCAAGUCAAACUUGAAUACAUGUAGUUUAGAGAUAAGCCCAACAAAUAAUUCGAUGCAAUUAACCAAUACAAAUAGCUCUGGAAUAUUUGAAAGUAGCAAUAUAUCGAAAGAAACUUUUUCUUCAGGUUCUAUGAAUAAUAUAUACAAUAAUAGCAAUAUCUUGUCUGCUAGCUACGCACAAGGCGUUGUGGGGCAGUCUGAUAUAAAAUUAAAUAAAAAAAGAUGGCAUGGAAUAAUGGAAAAUAAUGAGAAUGACAAUAUUAACAAUAUAUGUAGCGAAAAUGGAUAUUUUCAAAAUAAUUGUAUAUAUAGAUCUUCAAUACAACAAAAUGUAAUCUUUGAUGGAGGUCAUUUUUGUCUUAAUCCUUUAAUAUCCCCAGAUGGAUUGAUAAACAAUUCUGAGAUAGGUGAAAAUAUUGUGGAUAAAAAUAAUUUUGCUUUAAAUAAUUCAGUGUUAAACAAUAGUUUAUCGACUUCACUAUAUGUAUAUCGCCAGCUAUUUUCUAUGAAUGAUGUUGCAUCUAAUUCUGCACUAGAUAUUCCAUCUCUUAUACAACCAAUCUCUCAUGGAGUUUUUAUUCCAGAUAGUAUUUUGCAAGAACAUGCACAAAUUCAAGCAUUGCCUACUAAUCAAAGUUUCGUGAGCUCAGGGACAUUUAAUGUAUUUGACGAUGAGGCUCGCUGUCCAUCUUGUGAUCAAUGUAUAAUAGAUGGUUUUCCUUAUUACUGCAGUUGCUAUAGCAAGAUAUCAGCAGACUCUAUUACAAACUCGAGUGAUAUUGGUGAUUCUUCCAGUGUGUACCACUUGAAUAGCCAAUUUUUGCAUAGCUCCCAUGAAGUAGACUAA